AUGUUAUUUUCAGGAUAUCAUCCACAAACAAACGGACAAACAGAGCGCGUCAAUCAAAUCUUGGAGUCAUAUCUUCGUUGCUACGUGAACAAACAUUUAACAAAUUGGGUCAAUUAUCUUCUCAAAGCUCAGUUAUGUUAUAACUCUUCACAGCACUCUGCUACAAAAAUAGCUCCAAUUAAUGCUGCUUUUGGUAUUCAAGCUAUAGUUACCGCUUGGGAUACGCAAAUCCUGGAUGAACUAGAUAUUCCUUAUUUACCGGACAGAACAGAAUCCAUCGAUGAAAUACGUGAACGUAAUAGAAAAGCAAAUGAUAAAUACGCAAAGUAUUACAAUCAAAAGACAAUUCCACCUCCGAUUUUCCAACCUAACGAUCAGGUAUUAGUCAAAAAUGGCAAAGUGAGAUUUUUCCAUCAAUCAAGUAAACUUGAACCAACAUUUGUUGGUCCAUUUUCAGUAAAAAGGAAAAUAGGAGAACAUAACUAUGAGUUAAAUUUUCCUAAAACGAUACGAAGACGCUAUCCUGCUAGUUUUCAUGUAUCCGAACUCGAACCUUACAACGCGGACUCAAGCUCAAACAAUUUUACGCAAAACAUCAUUAUUGAUGAAAUUUUAGACGCUGAUAACCUAGAAAAGCCUUCUCUUUACAAUUGUUUAUAUAGAGCGCAAUUUUCAAAAUAUGACUAUCGCUCAGUCACAUGGGUUCCUAGAGACAUCGUUCGAAAAAAAGCAUACUCAAAGCUCAUUGAAUUUACUCGUCGCGCUUCUCCAACAGAAGAACCGCAAUGAAAAUAAGAGUCUUCCAAUUCAAGGAAGUGAAAGACUCUUAGGCAGGGAGGUGUCAUAAUUGGGUCCCUCGUUAGCAUUCAUAAUAUAACAAUCCGUUAUAAGAAUGGAAUAUUAGCUAAUAUCAGUUAAUAUUCAUAAGCUUAAAGAAUUGUGCUUGAUAAUAAGUAAACAAAAAUUUGAAAAUGC